AUGAGCUACCAGACAACCGACUCCAAGAAGGAGGAGUUCCGGAAGUACUUGGAGAAGGCGGGCGUGAUCGACCAGCUGACCCGUGUGCUGGUCGGCCUCUACGAGGAGCCCUCCAAGCCCAACAACGCCAUCGACUACGUCAAGAAGUACCUGGGCAGUCCCACCGACAUCGACGUCGAAAAGCUCAAGCUCGAAUACGAGAAGGUCAAGGAGGAGAACUCCCGCCUCAAGAAGCAGGUCGAGGACCUCAAGCGGAAGUCGAGGUCAUCAAAAGCUAGAACUCCUGAUUAA